CAAUAAAACAAGCAGUUAAAGCCCUGUCAAAUGGUCAGUUGAUAGCAGUGCCUACAGAUACAAUAUAUGGAAUUGCAGCACUUGCCCAAAACAAUCAAGCAGUGGAUGCAUUGUAUAGAAUAAAAAGAAGGGAUCAAAAGAAACCAAUAGCUAUUUGUGUUUCAGAUAUAAGAGACAUUCCAAAAUGGGGAAAGAUUACCAUACCUUUAAGUUUAUUGGAAGAUUUACUUCCUGGGCCAGUAACAGUUGUUUUAGAAAGAACAUCGGAGCUGAAUCCUAAUCUUAAUCCAGACACAUCUCUCGUAGGAAUUCGUAUUCCAAAUCACUCAUUUCUUCAAGCAGUUACGAAAGUGUGUAAUCAGUGUUUGGCUCUUACCAGUGCAAAUAUUAGUUCUCAAAGCAACACAUUAUCUGUUGAGGUGA